UGCGCUCUUGGCCCACGUGGCUCUAACCUGGCCCAGCCGGCUGGCUGCUUUCAGGCGACGGCGGCAGGAUGCGAGCAAAGCCGACCACUGGAGCACUAAGCCCCUGGCUGACAUCCUCUGGGCCAAAGUUCUAAAGCAGAAACACCUGGAUGAUUGUCUACGACAUGUAUCUGUAAGAAGAUUUGAAUCAUUUAAUCUGUUUUCAGUAAUGGAAGUCAAAAAAGGGGAAACUGAAGAGGAAUUUGGUGCAUGGGUCCGGUAUACAAGUGUCUUCUAUCCUGAAUACAGUAUUUCCUUAAGGCAUAAUAGUGGAUCUUUGAAUAUUGAAGAUGUUCUUACCAGCUUUGACAAUACAGGAAAUGUUUGCAUCUGGCCGGCUGAAGAGGUUUUGGCUUACUACUGCCUCAAGCACAGCGAUACAUUCAGGGGCCUUGCUGUGUGUGAGCUAGGGGGUGGCAUGACAUGCUUGGCUGGGCUCAUGGUUGCUAUUUCUGCAGAUGUCAAAGAAGUUCUGUUAACUGAUGGGAAUGAAAAGGCCAUCAGAAACGUGAGAGACAUCAUCAAAAGGAAUCAGGAGGCUGGUGUGUUUAAGGCUCGGAAAAUAUCAAGCUGCGUUUUACGAUGGGAUAAUGAGGCUGACGUCUCUCAGCUGGAAGGACAUUUUGACACGGUUAUGUGUGCUGACUGCCUGUUUCUGGACCAGUACAGAGCCAGCCUUGUUGAUGCAAUAAAGAGAUUACUCCAGCCCAGGGGGAAAGCGAUGGUAUUUGCCCCACGCCGAGGGACUACUUUAAACCAGUUUUGCAAUCUAGCUGAAAAGGCUGGUUUCUCUAUCCAGAGACAUGAAAAUUAUGAUGAACACAUUUCAAACUUCCACUCCAAGUUGAAAAAGGAAAGCCCGGAUAUAUAUGAAGAAAACCUUCAUUACCCACUUCUGCUUAUUUUAACCAAAAGCAGAUAGAAGAUUAAACUGCUCAAAAGAUGAAGAAAACAUCAUGUGCACAGGGAAUAUUUUCCAGAAACAGAAAUCUGCCUGUAAUGGGCACAGUGUGCAGCAAGCUGUUGGCUCCCUGAGACUUUCCAGCAUCUGAGACUUGGGCCCCCCACCUUUGCGACAUCCCACGGGUGGAUUCUGGAGCCCACCGGUCCUCACCGACAUGUUCCCCAGCCAUCCUGGUCCUCUCGUUUUCAGUCUGCUUAUUGCGCUUCCUGUACCAAACCUUUGUUUGUCUUUAAAUAUCUAUAAACAACCUGUCUGAGAUUUAAAUUGGACUUGUGAGCAACCUAAAGAUUUUUACCUCUAACUGAGACAGAAUUUCUUUUGGUGAUUGCCACCCUCAUUAAAAAAAAUAAGUAAG